AUGGCGCCAUCAAGCCUUACGCUGCAGCCCGUGCGUUCGUCCACGGCGCGCAACCCCCUCCGCGCAGCAGCCGCGGCCGCAGCAGCAACGUCAGCAUCAGCUGCUUCUUCCGCUGGCGCCGCCGCUCCCCGUCGCACCAGCAGCGCCACCGACCCUCUGCGAGCGUCUGUCGCCGACAGGUUCCUGUCGCACGACCUGCACCUGCGGUCGCACAGCGCGUCGUCCGACACUUCUUCUGCUGUCGCACGGUUCCGCUCCGCCGUUUCCUCCCCCGCGGCUGGCGAGCAACGCGUUGGUGACUUCCCCCGUUAUGCGCACCUCCGCUAUGAUAGCACGGCGCUACCACGAGCCGCUAGCGAUCCGUCGAUUUCCGCGAUCCACGCGCGUGUACCUGCUGCUGCGGGUGCUGUCGCCCUCCCUGCUGACGCGGCCUGGACGAGUUACGGGCUUUCAGAGCCGCACUGGGAGUGGGAGGAAGCGACUUCUUCGAGCGACGCAGGCGACCAUGAGGAAGAGUCGCACGGCGACGGCGGCGGCGACGACGACGACCUGCCUGGGGUCUCGGGCCGCGUGUUCUGCGACGUGCUGGCGGGUGGAGGGGCUUCGCCGUCCGGCGAGCGACGCGAGACGGCGGACGACGUGAUGGAAUGGCAGCAGCUGACCCACGCCGUGAUGCUGGUAAGCGCGGGGGACGAGUGCCUGUCCGGCGCAACAGCAGCGGAGAGCCGGCUCGAGGAGAGCGUGAACGACGUGCUGGGUGCCAUCGCACUCGCGCAGACGGGGGGCGACGCAGAUGGGCAGUCGCAAGCCGUCGCACAGUCGCAGAGGGGGGAGACAGGAGGGGCAUUUGUAGAGGGGGAGCGUGCGAGCAGCAGUGACAUGACGGCGUGCCCCGGGUGCGAUAAGGCGGCAGAGAGGGUGGCUCUGGCCGCUUUCCUUGCCGCCAUGGGCCAUGACGUCAUCCUGUGCAAAUCCAUGUGGACGGCCAAUCAGGACAUGCCACCUGGCCACUACCAUUUUCUGGAAGUGUCGCUUGGGAAAUCUGAUGAUGGCACUGGGUCUUCCAGCUCUCAGCAGUUCCACGUGGCACGGCCGUCGCGGCACUACCAGCAGCUGCUGGCGCUGCUGCCGCGCGUGUUUGUGGGGUCGUACGCGCGCCUGCGCGCGCUCGUGCGCCUCAUGGCGGCAGCGGCGCAGCAGUCGCUGCUCACCGUCGCGCUGCCCAUCGCGCCCUGGCGCAAGGCGCGCUACAUGGCCAAGCUCUGGUUCCCGCAAGGCGCUGCCGCCUCCACCGCCGCCGCCGCUGCUGCGGCUGCCACUGCUGGGGGCGGCGGAAGUGGGGGUGGCGUUGCUGACAACGCUGGUGGCGGCGGUGGUGGCUUGGAGGGGAGUGUGCGCAAUGGUGUGGUGCGGAGGCGGGUGGUGUGGGGGGCUGUGGCGGGUAGCACGGCAGGUGCGUCUGAGGUGGCCGUGGCUAGCCUGCUGCGGCAGCUGCCGCUGUGCUGCAAGCACGCAGAGAGCAGCACAGGCGCCUCACGAGCAGCAGCGGCAGCAGCAGCAGCAGUAGCUUCCCCCUCGCUGCUGGACCCGCGGGUGCAGCUGAUCGCAAGCAGGCUGCUGACUCCUGGCGCUGCUGCAGUGGGCGGUGCAGCCGUCACCACCGCUCUGCACCGCAUUCAACACAUGAUGGACCAACUGAGCAGCGCAGCUUCUGCUGCUGUUACACCUGCCACAAGCACAUCUCGCUCGGUGCACGUCCCAUCUGCCGCUGCUGCUUCUAUCACGCCAGCCCCCUCGCCCUUCUCCCCAUCUGCCUCGUGGUUAUGGAGCCCUCCUGCUGUAUCGCCUAAGCAGCGCCCCGCCAACCGAGAGGGGUCACUCACUCGCCUCUUUCGGUCCCAGGAGAAGCAGAGGAGGGAGGAGAAGGAAGCGCCCAUGGCAUUUCACAUGGCCGCUGCCACAUGA